AUGGCGCCCAAGAACGAGGGCAAGGCCCCGGCCGAGGCCUCAGCCGCCGAACCACGCUUGGAGGUUAAGAAGCCCAAGAAGAAAAAGGUGCUGCUGAUGGGCAAGUCGGGCUCUGGCAAGUCGAGCAUGCGGAGCAUCAUCUUCAGCAACUACAUUGCGCGCGACACGCGCCGACUCGGCGCAACCAUUGACAUUGACCUCUCGCACGUCAAGUUCCUCGGCAACCUCACGCUGAACCUGUGGGACUGCGGCGGGCAGGAGGCGUUUAUGGAAAACUACCUCGCGCAGCAGCGCGUGCACGUCUUCUCCAACGUGGGCGUGCUCAUCUACGUCUUCGACAUUGAGUCGCGCGACGUGGACCGGGACCUGGCCACGUACGUGUCCAUUCUGUCGGCGCUGCUGCAGUACUCGCCCGCCGCGCGCAUCUACAUCCUCGUGCACAAGAUGGACCUCGUCGUGCCCGCCUCGCGCGAGGCCGUCUACGACGAGCGCGUCCGCAUCGUCCGCCAGCGCUCCGCCGAGUACGUCGGCUCCAUCGGCGGCGACGCCGCCCGCAUCGACGUCGCCCCCUUUGCCACGUCCAUCUGGGACCAGAGCCUCUACAAGGCCUGGGCCAGCAUCAUCCACGACCUCGUCCCCAACCUCGCCGUCAUCGAGCGCAACCUCGCCAACCUCGGCCUCGCCAUCGAGGCCGAGGAGAUUCUGCUCUUUGAGCGCACCUCCUUCCUCGCCGUCUCGUCCUGGACCUCCCACGAGGCCACGCGCAACCCCACAGAGGACCGCCUCGAGCGCAUGUCCAACAUCAUGAAGCACUUCAAGCAGAGCAUCUCCCGCUUCACCGGCACCCCGCGCAACGCCGAGCAGUUUACCCGCAUGGAGCACAAGGCCGGCACCCGCUUCAGCCUCUUCAUCCUCAAGUUUACAACCAAUACCUAUCUCAUGGUGGUGCUGCCGCCCGGCGAGGGCCGCUUCAACUCUGCCAUGCUCAAUUGCCAGAUUGCCAUUGAGCAUUUCAAGUUUCUUGAUGCUCCCGGUGGACUGUCACUCUCGCUGUAG